UGCCCCAUCAUUAGUGUCAGUGGGGGGAGGAAUAGUGCCCCAUUGUUGGUGUCAGUGGGGGGAGGAAUAGUGCCCCAUCAUUGGUGUCAGUGUGGGUGGAAUAGUGCCCCAUCGUUGGUGUCAGUGGGGAGGAGGAAUAGUGCCCCAUCGUUGGCGUCAGUUGGGGGAGGAAUAGUGCCCCAUCGUUGGCGUCAGUUGGGGGAGGAAUAGUGCCCCAUCGUUGGCGUCAGUGGGGGGAGGAAUAGUGCCCCAUAGUUGGUGUCAGUGGGGGGGAGGAAUAGUGCCCCAUCGU